AUAAGACUCACGCUAUUAGUUUAGUGAGGGAAACUUCGUCGACGGACCAUUCGCUGUUACCAAGCCUCCACCGAAGUCUCCUCGUGAUAAAAUGAGCGCCGGGCGGCCGUCGGAAGGCGCAGGCUGCAUUAACUGGUGGGGUUUCAGUCCAGCUCGAGACCUCAUCAGUGCAGGCCCUGUUAAACAUGAAGGCAAAGUCAACAUUUUGCUUGUCGGGAAUGGAGAUCCGAGACAUCUUCUGAAGACCUUGGCCGGCCUUCAAGACGAGGACAUCCUUAACGUGUGGCUGUUUGAAAACUGCAUGGAGGUGGUGGCCAGACAGAUGCUGCUGCUCUACAUCACCCUGACUCCCCAUGAAUUGAUGGGACUUAACGAGAAGACGGAGAUGUUCUUGGAGGUAUUUGGUAACAGUGUGAUCCGCGGUCAGACGGAUGACACGGUGAAACGUGUUGCGUCGCAGCUCUUGCUCCACGUCAGCGACAUUCCGGAUUCAGACAUGCACCCCUGUUUCAACACUGCUCUUCUCAAGUUUAGGGAGCGGGAUGAGCUGGCCAGGAUUUUUAAAUCAUGGGUGCAGCCAUUGUCUUCUUCCACACCUCAUGUCUCAAUAGCCAAAGCCUGGGAUUACAGAGUCAGGCAGCACCUUGGGACACGCUACGACGCGAAAAGGGGCUGCUUCGACUGGGAUCUCACUAUGAAGCUAUAUGAGAAAGGGUGUGGCGUUAUUAACAAGCAUCAGUACUUCCGAUGGAGGGAGAGCGGCUUGGCCUUUGAACUGAGGGAAGGCGUCUACCAGAACACCAACCCGAGCUUGCUGUCUUCUCGGGUGUUCAACCAGAGAGGGGACAAAGUGGCCAUGCAAGGCUACUGGGGGGACAUUGCGUCCAGUCCUUAUCUCGCCUUUGGUAUUGAAACUGAAGACGAGAGCUUGCUCAAGACACGGAACGGCCAACACGUGAAGACAGCACAGGACAUUUCCUUCGCGAAUGUGCAAGAGUUGUUUCAAUCCCUGUCCAGGAAACAAGAAUGCACAACUCAGUCUGACACAGAAGAUGAACAUCAACCCACGAAUAUUGAACAUAAUUCUGUCCCAGUCAGCAGUAAGCGAAAUCUCAAAAACACUGACGACAAAGAAAUGUUCAGUCCAAAUCUGUUUACUCCUUUUUUUUUUUCAGAACUGACACGUCUUAAAGGGGUUUCUGUCAAUUUCCUGCCCUUGGAUUCCCUUGAGAAGAUGGCGGAAAAGGGGAAAUAUGCCCAUUUCUUCCACAUCAUUCACUUCUCCACCAGUUGCGCGCACCAUUUGGGCCCGAAAAUCCGGCAGAUUGCAGCACCAGACGCUGUGCUUAUCGUGGAGUUGGCCAAGUACAUUUUGGACCUGAAUAAAGAGCAAGAAGCUGGUUUUGCAGAGCGAGUAUCAAACAUGUGUCAGGAAGCAGGAUUUCAACCAUGUGUUGUGGCAAACAGUGAUGACCUUCAUGCUGUUUUUCAACCACACAAGGACAAGUAAAGCUGUCUCCAUUAUGGCUUUUUUUUUUUUUUUUGUACAAGAAGCGUGGGUUGUCUUCCCACUCACUGACUGAGUUGUCAAUGAUCAUAUUAACUGUAAUGCAAAUUUUCAUGCAACACACCAAUUUAUUCACAUGAUUCCAAGUGGUGCGAAACUGCAAACUUGCUACAUCAUUGCCACCUUCAUUUUUUUUUUUCACUUGAGGGUGUCGACUCACUUCCAGCGUCCUCCAACCUUCCCCUUACCGUGGCUCUUUUUGCUGCUCCGAGGGAAGACAAAGAUCUUUGAGUAUAUCGCGAGCGCUCGUACGCACACUGCGACGUGUCGACUCACAACUUUUGAGCGUGUUGGAUUCUGUUCAGGAGGACGUUGAUCUGGAUUGAGCGAAGGGAAAAUAAAGAUUUUAAAAGGGGACAUGUUGUCGUUUGUUCAAAUGUAGUGCAUAGAUUUAGACAUUGCGCCACGCCUUUCCGUAGGGGGCCGGACCCAGGCAGACGUUGAGUUGGCAUUCAUUAUAAUAAACUCAAACACACGCUGGGUUCUAACGCUGGAUUUAAGUGGAAAUAGGAUGAAUGUUUUACUGCAUACAAGCAGGCAGAGGUGUCUCAAGAGAGAUUUGGUCGAGGAUUCAAGGUAAUUAUUAUAUUCUUCGCGCUAUGCAUGCACUUGGAAAUGUUGUGAAUACAAUUAAAUCAAUGGAAAAAAAUAG